GGCCUUGGCUCAUGGUGCCUGGGCCCGGGGGCACCUCCUGGUCACAGGCCCCCGCCACCCACCGCUGGUUCCUCCACUGCUGUAUCCAGCCGCAGCCGCCACCGCCGCCGGCCCUGCUCGGCCGCCAUCGCUGUUAGGCGGCUGCCUGAGAUGGCUCCUCCUCCGCCUGUCAAAUCUCGCGAUAGCUGCCGCAAAACUGCGGAUCGGUGACCGCUCCACCAAAUCUCGCGAAAAAUUGUUUUCUCUCCGGGAAGUUAGUCAAACUUACUCUGGGCAGCAUGGCUUCUGCUGGACUACUCUGAAGUCCUUAAGGGACACUUUAUUGCCUAAGAUGUCAGAGAAACCGGCGUACUAGAGCAGACUUAUCGUCCUACCACUUAGGGAGCCUAAGCAGCCUGCGGCAAGUUCCCAGCCCGGCUACCUAGCGAGAUCCUGUUCAAAAAAAUAGAUAAAUUUAAAAAGAGCGCCUUGGCGAGGUGACUCAGCGGAUAAAGGCGCUUGCGGCCAACCUGAGCUCGACCCCUGGAACCCACGUGGUGUAAGGUGAAUCCACUCGGGCACACGCGCGCUCCAUGGCGUGCCCCACCCCUAGAUAAAAUGAGAUUUUUUUUAAAAAAAAAUUAGUUUCGAGGGAAGAAAAGAGGAUGUAGAGUGCUCAGCUCUAAAUGGGACAACUGGAGGCUGGAGAAGUGGCUCGUAGGACCCAGCCAUGACAAGCUGGGUAGGCCUGAGUCUCAAACCUAAGGCAAUACCUGGUUCCGAGAAACACCACAAAAUGAGACCACCCAGGGACCACCCAGGAACAGACCAUCCAAAGGAAAUUCCUAACGUUCCAACCCUUGUAGAUAGGAUCACCUGCCAGCACACACCCAUAGCUUUUCACCAGGACACCCCUAGACAAAUAUCAGCCAAUCAGGGGUCCUGAACCUUAGAGAUCCCUCACCCUUACCUGUGCUACUAUAAAAGCCCAACCCUAACUGAGCUGGGGGCUCUCCCGUCAUUCCAAAUACGUUGGACACACAGAAAGUCCGAGUUUGCAAAUUUGUGUAAGAUUAAAGGCUCUUAGCCGGGCGGUGGCUCUUUGCUUUUACAUACAGGACUCGGUCUCCUAUUUGGUUUUGGAGGAUUCCGUGAUCUGGGCCUAACAGGCUCAGUGGUUAAGAGCACUAGCUGCUCUUCCAGAGAACCCGCAUCCAAUUCUCAGCACCCACAUGAGCUCACAACCUUUUGUAACUCCAGUUCCAGGAGAUCCGACACCCUCAUGCAGACAGACAUACAUGCAGGCAAAACACCAAUGCCAAUGCGUGUCAAAUAAAAACUAAUUGGUUAGGGCAGCUACCCCCAAGACACAGAAAUCAUGGAGGAAGAGGAGCAGUGAAAAGAUUUUAAGAGCCUGAGGUAGCAGAGCUCUGCAUCUAUUCUACAGUAUUUCCCAGACACGACAGAAUGGUUGCACACAGGAACUUAGCAUCCAUGACUGCAGGAGUCAAGUCAGCCAAGAUCCCAGCAUGGGUGUAGGGAGGAGCACUGGAAGUUGAUGGCUGCCGGGGGAGGAACAGUGGCUGUUUGUUUAAGUAUUCCUACCAGAGACACUAGAUCCAUUUAUUCCGUGUGUACAUGUGUGAUGGCAUGUGUUCCACCACGGCACAUCUGUGGUUGACAGAGAACUUGGGGAAGUGCUCCUGGCUCUGGCCUGCAAGUCUUCCUUCUGUCUCUGAAACAGCCUGAAGUCUUUUCCAUCUGUCGGGCUUUGGCUUGCUGUUCCUCUACAGGGAUCAGUCAGAAACCUGAACGCCCACUGGGUUGCAACUUUUGAAGAUUUAUUAUGUAUAGUGUUCUGGAAUGCAUGCAUGCACGCUAGAAGAGGGCACCAGCACCAGAUCUCAUUACAGAUGGUUGUGAGCCACCAUGUGGUUGCUGGGAAAUUAACUUGGGACUCUGGAAAAGCAGCCAGUGCUCCUAACCUCUGAGCCAUCUCUCCAGCCCCUAACUGUCACUUUAAAGAAGCUUUCCCUUCUGAAAUUCUCUUACUGAUUCAGUGUGAUUUUGUGUUGUGUUUCUCUGUAGCUUUGGAGCCUGUCCUGGAACUCUCUCUGUAGACCAGGCUGGCCUUGAACUCACAGAGAUGCUCCUGUGUCUGCCUCCCCAGUGUUGGGAUUAAAGGUGUGUGCAGCCUUCACCCAGCUGAAUAGCACAUUAUUAAUAACAGAUACUCAAUAAACAUUUACAGAAUGAACAAAUUUGCAAAUGUCAUCUUUUUCCCGACUUCCUCUAAGUACCGUUUGGCAUAUAAACCCACGUUUUCCCUGAUGCUUUCCUGACCUGGAAGCUCUUACACAUCCAGAACACCUGAAGUCCACGCCUCAGUGUCCAGCUGCACCCUUACUUUGGAAAAGGAUGCCGUCCUCCUGUAGAGCUCUGUCAGCUGGCAGGUUCUGUAGGGCAGGGCCUGCGCCUUUAAUAUGAGCCCCACCUGCUCUGGUCAGACAGGUUUGGAGACACAGGUAAGGGGAGGGAGACUGGGAAAUACUUGCUGAGCCAGGUAGGAGCCAGGCAGUUCCUUUCUGGGGAUCCUCGCCUCUCCCUCUCCGUGGAUGGAAAAGUCCCGUGAGGCCGGCUGCCCUGGUGCGAUCCAGUUUGAGGAACUGUCCUGGGGCCAGAAGACAAGGUAUUUUCACAGAACUUACCCCACUCCCUUUAGGAUGAUAUCACCUUGGGGUCGACCUCAGAACUGAAGCCUCACGAUGACAGAACCGGAGACACUGGCCCUGCUGGAAAUGAAGGCACCUGAGGCUCCAGAGAAGCGCUUACCACAGGCUUUAGCCCCCACUGACCGGCAGCUAGAGGGAGAAGAUGGGACUGAGUCCCCUGGAGCUGAGUCUCUCAGACUGGGGUCUUCAGUUGGUUUCCCUACAGUCAGAGAGGGGCCUGAGGAUGGUCCAGACAGUACUAUCAGUGAAGCUGCGACUUUGCCUUGGGGAACUGACCCCCAGUACAGCGUCCCACUUCCGGAUCCCCCAGGCUGGCGAGAUAUUGAACCAGAGCCCUUAGAGUUGGAACCACUCACUAAGUCGGAGGAACCACUCACUAAGUUGGAGGAGCCACUCAAGGAUGAUGCCAGCUUGCUCCCUGAGAAGUCAGUUAGGGCCUUCGUGCCCAUUGAUUUACAGUGCAUUGAGCGGAGGCCGCAGGAGGAGUGCAUUGUGCAUCGUAAGGCUGGACAGGCUGAGCAUAGGAAUUUCCUGCCAACCCGACUCAGCCACCAUGAGCUUCCAGAGCGCAAAUGGGCUGAGGUAGUUGUGAGACCCCCUGGCCGGUCUUGUGGGGGCUGCGGGAGCUGUGGAGGCCGCGAAGCGCUGAGGGCUGUAGCCUCGGUGGCUGCUGCUCUCAUCUUCUUCCCCUGCCUGCUGUAUGGAGCAUACGCCUUCCUGCCCUUCGAUGCUCCGAGACUGCCCACCAUGAGUUCCCGCUUGAUCUACACCCUACGCUGUGGGGUCUUUGCCACCUUCCCUAUCAUUCUAGGGAUCCUUGUGUACGGCCUGAGCCUGCUGUGCUUCUCCGCCCUCCGGCCCUUUGGAGAGCCGCGACGGGAAGUAGAGAUCCACCGGCAGUACGUGGCCCAGUCCGUGCAACUCUUCAUCCUCUACUUCUUUAACCUGGCCGUCCUUUCCACCUAUCUGCCCCAGGACACCCUCAAGCUGCUGCCUCUGCUCACUGGUUUGUUUGCAGUAUCUCGGCUGAUUUACUGGCUGACCUUUGCUGUCGGCCGCUCCUUCCGAGGCUUUGGCUACGGGCUGACUUUCCUGCCGCUGUUGGCCAUGCUGAUGUGGAACCUCUACUACAUGUUCAUGGUGGAGCCGGAGCGCAUGCUCACUGCCUCCGAGAGCCGCUUGGACUAUCCGGACCACGUUCGAUCUCUCUCCGACUACAGGCCACGCUCCUGGGGCUGAACUGCCCUAGGGCCGUGCAGGGGACUUUCAGCACUUCCCUGAAACAGUUGCAGGCCUGGCCUUUGCCCAGGUCAUAGACCUUAGAUGGAAGGUACCUUGUUAUUUAGGGGCCCCAUCCAAAGGAGCCUAGACACCCCAUUUCUCUUCUAGUUGUGCUGUACCCCUGGAGUGCGAGAGCCUAAGGCAGACUGGAGAAGUAUACUUCCUUUUUGUGCAGCCCUCCACCGUGCCAAACGAAGGCUAACGUCCCAGCUUCCUGUGGACCAGAGAUGUAGAACCAUAGGCCAACCUGAACUGUCUGCCUAAGCCCAAGGGUAGAGGUUGGUAUCUCAUCAGAUAAGGACUUCAACAUCUUUGACAUGAGGUGAAAACCUUCCUAAGGGGCCUGGCUUCAAGACUUUCGCCUUGGUCAAGUUGUGACCUUCCCCCUCCCAGCCUACAUGGGUUCCUAUAACCUUCCACUUUGCAAACUUCCAAGAAGUACUAAGGCUUAAAAAAAAGGUGUGUGUGUGGUGGGGGUUGGGGUGGCAGAGAGAUGAAACCUUCAAAAGAACUGUGUAUGGAUCCCCAUGUAGUGGCUGGGAUGGCAAUGACUGUAUUGUAUGUGUGAGUAUGUAAUAAAUCAUGGCCUGCC